UCAAUAUUUUUGUAUGAUUCAAGAACUGCUCGGGCGCGUGAUAAAGAUGCAGUUUUUGUGUUUGCACAUCCAUAUAUGCUUCAACAACUUGCUGGUCAAACUACCUGGACAAUUGAUGCUUCAACAACUUGCUGGUCAAACUACCUGGACAAUUGGUGCAUCGUUUAAAUUGGCCCCAUCCCCUUUUAAGCAUUGCUUCGUUGUUGGAGUACUUGUUAGAAGCCAAUUAAUUGUUGCUGCGCAUGCACUUUUAACUGAAAAUUCCGAGCAGCUUUGUAUGGAGGCUUUAAAUGCUGUUGUUGCUGCUAUUAGACCUGCAAAGCCUAGAAGAGUUAUUACUGACUUUGAGAAUUCAGUGGUUGUAGCAGCACAAAAUGUUUUUACUGAAGCUCAUGUUAGUGGAUGUUAUUUCCGUUUCUCUCAAGAAUUGUUUCGAAAAUGGUCUGAAUUUAAUCUUGGAGAUAUUUAUGGAAAUGAAGAUAGCCAAGCUGGAAAUAUUGCGAGGAUGACAUUUCGGUUUUUUUCUGCAAAUAUUGUCAUGUUGGGUUAAGGGGAUUUUUGGUGUAGUGGGUUAGUCCUCUAUCUUUUAGUUGGUGGUUCGAUUCCCUAUUGUGGUAAAUUAUUUUUUUAUUAAUUUUUAAUAAGAUGCGCUGACAAUCUAUC